GGGUAACGUGCGGGAAGCCAGGUCCGGUACUGCAAGGAUGGCCGCUCAGCGAGGUGGGGUUAUUCCCACUUUCCUGUGUGGUACAGCAGUAUGCCUGGGGGAAGAUGGGUUCCGACAGUGAAGUGGCUCGGCUGCUGGCCAGCAGUGACCCACUGGCCCGAAUCUCAGAAGACCAGCCAUAUGCAGAGCUGUGGAUGGGGACCCACCCCCGAGGAGAUGCCAAAAUUCUUGACAAUCGCAUCUCGCAGAAGACCUUAGGCCAGUGGAUUGCUGAGAACCAGGACUGCUUGGGUUCAAAGGUCAAGGACACCUUUAAUGGCAAGUUGCCCUUCCUCUUCAAAGUGCUCUCAGUUCGAACAGCCCUCUCCAUCCAGGCACACCCUAACAAGGAACUGGCAGAGAAGCUGCACCUCCAGGCUCCACAGCACUACCCUGAUGCCAACCAUAAGCCAGAAAUGGCCAUUGCCCUCACUUCCUUUCAGGGCUUAUGUGGUUUCCGGCCAGUUGAGGAAAUUGUGACCUUUCUGACAAAGGUGCCUGAGUUCCAGUUCCUAAUUGGAGAUAAUGCAACAACACAGCUGAAGCAGAGUCUGAGCCAGAACCCCCAGGCCAUGGCCUCUGCUCUGCAGAGUUGUUUCUCCCACCUAAUGAAGAAUGAGAAGAAGGUGGUGGUGGAACAGCUCAACCUCCUGGUGAAGCGGAUCUCCCAGCAAGUGGCUGCUGGGAACAAUGUGGAAGAUAUCUGUGGGGAGCUUUUGCUGCAGCUGCACCAGCAGUAUCCAGGUGAUAUCGGAUGCUUUGCCAUCUACUUCCUGAACCUGCUUAUCCUGAAGCCGGGGGAAGCCAUGUUUCUGGAGGCCAAUGUACCCCAUGCCUACCUGAAAGGAGAUUGUGUGGAAUGCAUGGCGUGUUCAGAUAACACAGUACGCGCUGGCCUGACACCCAAGUUUAUUGAUGUGCCAACUCUGUGUGAUAUGCUCAGCUAUACCCCCAGCCCCAGCAAGGACAGGCUCUUUACUCCAACACGGAGUCGGGAAGACCCCUACCUCUCUCUCUAUAACCCCCCUGUACCAGACUUCACGGUUAUGAAGAUAGAGGUCCCAGGCUCGGUCACUGAGUACAAGGUCUUGGCAGUGGACUCCGCCAGCAUCCUCCUAAUGGUGCAGGGUACAGUGACAGCCAGCACCCCCACAGCCCAGGCAGUAAUCCCCCUGCAGCGUGGCGGCGUACUCUUCAUUGGGGCCAAUGAGAGUGUCUCACUGAAGCUCACUGUGCCUGAGGACCUGCUGAUAUUCCGUGCCUGCUGUCUGCUGUAGAGGCCAUAGCCAUUCUGGCUCUCCUUCCUAGUCACCCUAAAUCCUGGCUAGUCCCACCUCCUUAGGCCCAGCCCAAACUCCUUCCCUGCUCUAAACUCAGAGAUAGUGGCUCCUGAGCAGGCCUAGGCUGAACCAUCUUCCUGGGAGGAAGGACUUAUGUGAGGACUAAGGGCCAACACUCCACUUGAAUUCUCCCUGUACCUGAGCCACACUCAAUGCAGGAGAGCAGCUGUUUUCACUAUAGUAUUAGGCUGGUGAAAUCUAUGAGUAGCUCAGCAUCGGUUACAGCAAAAGGGUAGGUAACCAAUUUCUUUAUUGAUUUUAGAAACAUUGAUUUGUUGUUCCACUCAUUUAUGCAUUUAGUGGUUGGUUCUUGUAUCCUGACCAGUGAUCAAAACUGCAACUUUGGUAUAUCAGGAUAGUGCUCUAUUCAACUGAUACCUGGCCAGGACCUUAGGUAACUAAUUUCUAAUAGAGUUCUCACCUUGGGACUGCCCAUUUCCUCAGCAGCUGAGAAGUGAAAGGGUAGGCAUGUGGUCCCGUGUUGCUCCUCAUCACCCCCUUGCUUUGUGAAAGCAGUUGAAGAUCACCUGUGUUGAGGCUGUGGGGUAAGACGCACUGAGCCUUUGGCAGUCCAGUCCCUGAAAUGGGUAGGCCAAACUCAAGAGCCUUUUAUAGGAAGGUCUAAGGUUCUGAUCAGAAUCUUCAGUGGCAAAAGAGCUGUGUAACCUCCUGAAGUAUGUCCCACCUCUGUCUGAGAGGGUAUGCUCAGGGAGAGUUUGGGUUCUCCUAGGUACUACUGCCAGUUUAGAGAAGUUGCCCUUCACAAGGUGAACUGGACUGUCCUAGCUAAAGCUUCAGCCUCAGAUGUAGAGAGCUUGCAGGCAGGUCUCAGGCCUUCCAGCCCUGCAGAGUGGAAAGUGGGUCUAAAGAGCAAGAUCCUUCUCCAGGUUUAAAACUGGCCGUUGGGCAGGGAUCAGCACAUAAGGCCAGAGGGCUGGGUUUAGCCACACGUACUAUUUACACACUGCCUUGCUGCUCUCAGGUUACAAAGCUGAGUAGAUGUGCCCAACUCUACUGCCUGACUGGCCCUUCACAGAGAAAGUUGGUCAGCAACUUCUCUGGAACGUAUUCAGUCAUUGUAGAUACAGGGACAGGACAAUCUAACUCACCUUGUGAAUGGCAACUUCUAAACUGGCAGAAAGUACCUAGGAGAACAAAUACUGUUCCUGAGCAUACCCAGAGGUGGGACACACUCCUUCUGGAGGUCACACAGCUGUUUUGCCACUUAAGAUUCUGACCAACAGUCUUAGAUCUUAUCACCCCAGACUCAGCAGAGACCCAGGCUAUUGGUUCCUUCCUGGAGGCUAAGGGUUUAGAUUCUCAUAGAACUGAAUUCUAAGCAACUACAUUCGAAAAAAGUUCUGGACAAUCUAUUCUGGGGUUUUUUGGCCCCCAAAUUUCCUCAGCUAAAAAAAAAUUACUUAGGAAGAGAGGGUCUGCUAAGGGGAGCUCAUUCUAAAGAGAAAUGAUGUGCAAAGACUGAUUCCAUCUAUGGCCUCUAGUGAAGCAGGCCUAAAAAUGAUGCCCAUUGAAAACAGCAAAAAGGAGAGGAGAUCCUACAAUGAAUGGUCAUAGUGGGGGCUAUCAGGCUAUUUCUUCACUUCAGAAUUCAGAAGGGGACAACUUGGGCCUUAAAAAUUCUAUUAAAACAGAGACCGCUCAA